AUGGGGACGCGGGAGGUGUACGAGGAGAAGCUCCGCAGCGGCGCGCACCUCCACCGCGACCCCACCAUCAACCCCGGCCUCGGCUCCGCCCGCUGCCCCCGCUGCCUCUCCCUCCUCAACCCGACCACCAGCUCCGGAGGGCGCGACUGGGCCAUCACCUCCGUCCUGCACGACGCCACCGCCGUGACUGGUUCUGGCGCCGGGGCGAUGCUCAGUGCGGUGCACGGGUUUAAUACAGGGAUCCCGUUUGUCCAGAAGCAUGUGAAGGGGCCCAAGUGGCUGCACUUACUUGUUGGGGUCCCUCCUUUGAUCUUAUUCUCUGGUGCCAGUGCUUUAUUUGGGGCUUACGCGCUCCCAACGUUUGCCCAGCUCACUGUGACAUCCUACUAUGCCGCAUCAAGUGCCUCUCACUACGCAGUUUCACAGAUCACACGCCACAUCGAGAAGGCCCAUUUAUCUGGCGCUCCUGACGAGAAGUCUUGA